UCGGGCUCCCCGGAGGACACGCUCCCCCGAUCGUCGGCUGCGGCUCCCAUCCCAUCCAAGUCCGGAGUUGUGGUUGCAGCCGGGCGGGUCCCCAUCCGGAGCACGCGUGGGUCCCGGGGCUGGUGCGGCUGCUGUGGCGCGGGGUUUUGAAUACUCGUCCCGGGUGCUAGAGGCCAUGGUUCUGGGUGUCUCUGAAUGAGAAGUCCUGAAGCUGAGGCAGGAGGAUUGCCGCGAGUUUUGAGGAAGAAGAUGAGCCUGAAGUCCGAACGCAGGGGAAUUCAUGUGGAUCAAUCUGAGCUCCUGUGCAAGAAAGGAUGCGGUUACUAUGGCAACCCUGCCUGGCAGGGUUUCUGCUCCAAGUGCUGGAGGGAGGAGUACCACAAGGCCCGGCAGAGGCAGAUCCAAGAGGACUGGGAACUGGCAGAACGGCUUCAGCGAGAGGAAGAAGAGGCCUUCGCCAGCAGCCAGAGCAGCCAAGGAGCCCAGCCCCUCACCUUCUCCAAGUUCGAGGAGAAGAAGAGCAAUGAGAAAGCCCGCAAAGUCACCACAGUGAAGAAGUUCUUCAGCGCCUCCUCCAGGGCUGGGUCCAAGAAGGCAGAAAUUCAGGAAGCGAAAGCUCCCAGUCCCUCCAUAAACCGGCAAACCAGCAUUGAGACGGACCGAGUGACUAAGGAGUUCAUAGACUUUCUCAAGACCUUCCACAAGACAGGCCAAGAAGUCUACAAACAGACGAAGAUGUUUUUGGAAGCAAUGCCUUAUAAAAGGGAUUUAAGCAUCGAGGAACAGUCAGAGUGUACUCAGGACUUUUACCAGAAUGUGGCCGAAAGAAUGCAGACCCGCGGGAAAGUGCCUCCAGAGAAAGUGGAGAAGAUAAUGGAUCAGAUCGAAAAGCACAUCAUGACCCGUCUCUAUAAAUAUGUGUUCUGCCCAGAGACCACUGAUGAUGAGAAGAAAGAUCUCGCCAUUCAAAAACGAAUCAGGGCUCUGCACUGGGUGACGCCUCAGAUGCUCUGUGUCCCUGUCAAUGAGGAAAUCCCUGAAGUGUCCGACAUGGUGGUGAAAGCUAUCACAGACAUCAUUGAGAUGGACUCAAAGCGUGUGCCUCGGGACAAGCUGGCCUGCAUCACCAGGUGCAGCAAGCACAUCUUCAAUGCCAUCAAGAUCACCAAGAAUGAGCCAGCCUCUGCCGAUGACUUCCUGCCCACCCUUAUCUACAUUGUCCUGAAGGGCAACCCCCCUCGUUUGCAGUCCAAUAUCCAGUACAUCACUCGCUUCUGCAACCCCAGCCGGCUCAUGACGGGCGAGGAUGGUUACUAUUUCACCAACCUGUGCUGUGCUGUGGCUUUCAUUGAGAAAUUAGACGCCCAGUCUUUGAAUCUAAGUCAGGAGGAUUUUGACCGGUACAUGUCUGGCCAGACGUCCCCCAGGAAGCAAGAGUCUGAGAGUUGGCCCCCGGAGGCCUGCUUAGGUGUGAAACAAAUGUAUAAGAACUUGGACCUCCUGUCUCAGCUGAAUGAACGGCAGGAAAGGAUCAUGAACGAAGCCAAGAAACUGGAAAAAGACUUAAUAGACUGGACAGACGGGAUUGCCAAGGAAGUUCAAGACAUUGUUGAGAAAUAUCCACUGGAGAUUAAGCCCCCGAACCAACCCUUAGCAGCCAUCGACUCUGAGAAUGUGGAGAACGAUAAGCUCCCUCCCCCUCUGCAGCCUCAGGUGUACGCAGGGUGAUGGCCAUGUUUACUUGGGGCUGAUUUCCGGGAGCUGCUGCGUUCCACUGUUCAGGUCUGGAAUAUGAACUAACUGCUUAAAAUUUCAAAGUAUUUUUAAGGUACAGACUUAGGGAUUGGUUAUUUUCUUUUUUCUUUUCCCAGCAGGGGAAGCUUAGUAAAUAAUAAUGUACUAUUUAUUUGAGUUGGUGGAGUAGGUUUGUGUGAAUUCUGUGUCACUCUUUUAUGUCCUCCCUGAUUUUCCCAUGGGCUUCCUCUGUGGUAGACACUGUUGUUGGUUUUGGGCAAACACUGCCUUUUAAAGGUUAAAACAGAUGCUAUAAAGUCUAUGUUGAAAUGAAUUCUAUGUUCCCACACUCUCCCAGUGUGAAAUAAUUUUGUAAUUGUAAAGAUAGAAGAUAAUGUUAAUAAGUAAAUAUGUAAAAUUGUAAAUAUGUAAAAAAAAAAAAAAAUAGGGCUGGGGAGGUGUGUCUCGGCCUGCAUGGCAUUUCAUGAGCUGAUUUUUUUUUUUUUAGGUGAAAAUGAAAUCUAUUGAAUAUUUGCCUUUAGCGCCAUUUUAUAUGGUUUGUCCCACUAAAAAUAAUCUAAAGAAUUUCCGCUUUAACAGGACAUUGGCACUAACUGCCCUAACUCUGUCAUUCUCUCUGGCACAUGUUAAGAAGUUGUGACACCAACUUUUAGGUCACAUACAGAAUGGUCCUAGGACCCUGGGUUGGUGGCUCAGUCAGUAAAGUGCUCUCCACACCAAUGUGAGGACCUGAGCUCCCUGUCCAGCCCCGGGGUGAAAAGCCGGGCAUGGUGACACACACUUGGAACAGCUCUGCUGGGAGCCAGAGACGGCCGGGUUCCUGGGGCGGGGGUCAUCGCUGACAGUGAGAGACCCUUUGUAAGCAAAUAAAUCAAGAUGGACGGACGGCUCCUGAGAAAUGACAGCCAAGGUUGACCUCUGGCCUCCACAUGCCUACAUAUGUGCCUGUGGACCUCUACAUACAUGUGUAGCACACACACAUGAACACACAGUGCUGAUUAGUACCGUUGACCUGGAGCGGUGCUUGCCCAUCCGUUCCCUUGUUUAUCCAAUAAACUUACCCCGCAGGGCUGUGGGGGCCAUUGCCUUUUUUAUUUGAUUGGUCUGGUUUUGUUCCUGGGUCUUUGGGGACAGGCUGUUGCUAUGUACCCCAGGUAGCCCUCAAAGUUGUGGUCCUCCUACCUCAGCCUCCCUCCCGAUGUUGGGAUUUGGGGUCUGUACCCCCACACGGCGCAGCUCAUUCGGACAAAUCAUCCCGGAAUUCUGUGAUACAAAGAUGUGCUCCUGAAUGGAGGUUGGAGGGAAUGAAUGAGGCUUAUGGGAGUUGACGGGGGAACUUCUCAAAGCGUGAAGCAAGUGGGCGCCUUGGGCUCUUCACAGACUGCUUUAACCUUAUCAACAGUUAACAGAGGCAGCAGGUCUCAUAGACAUCUCUCAGAACUUUCAACCUCAGAAUUGACCAUUGGGGCCCAAGAUUUUCCUGUAAUGGCAAGACUGCCUUGUACACUGUGGGAUGUUGAGUAGGAUUUCUGCCUUCUGUACUCAGAUGCCAGCAGCCCAUCAUCCCCCCCCAUGUUUGUGGGAACAUGGUCUCUAUUCAUGUGUGGUGGCACGUGCUUAUAAUCCUGGUACUCGGGAGGAGGAGGCAGGAGGAUCAGGAGUUCAGAUCAUUCUCACACACAUAGUGAGGUUGAGGUAAGCCUGGGCUGGAGAGAUCCUGUCUCAAAGAGAGAAAGAAAAAACUAAACCUGCCUCUGCACAUUAGCUCAUGUCUCCUAGGGGACAGAGCUAGCCUCUGCUAAAAGUCACUGACCUCUUGUCAGCAAGUGGGUUGUGCACCUAGUAGUUAAUACACUAUAACCAAAGAAUAUUGCAUUGAUUAUGUAGUGUAGUGUUACUUGAUGUCUCCCUCUGUGAGGCCCUGCGGUGGGGAACCUUCUUGAAUCCCUGUGCAAUCUCUUAUACCACAGAUGGAUGACUCUUCUACAUGGUUAUCAGCACCUUUGUGAAACUAGGAGUUCCUCAGAACGCCAUUCUUCAACAGGGUUGUGGCAUUCAAGUAGCUGAGACAGACAGACUUCCUUUCCCAACAGAUUUUCCUAAAUGUUUACUACAGAUAUGAAGGGUAAUAAUUAGGAAAUAGAAGUAGGUCAAGGACGUAACUUUUAAA